UGGAGUUUCAUGGCGUAAUGAGAUUUUAUUUUCAAGACAAAGCUGCUGGAAACUUUGCAACAAAAUGCAUUCGGGUCUCUAGUACGGCCACCACACAAGAUGUGAUUGAGACGCUGGCCGAGAAGUUCCGCCCGGACAUGCGGAUGCUGUCAUCCCCCAAGUACUCCCUCUACGAAGUGCACGUCAGCGGAGAAGAAAGAAGAUUGGAUAUAGAUGAGAAGCCUCUGGUCGUGCAGCUGAAUUGGAACAAAGAUGAUCGAGAGGGCAGAUUUGUUCUGAAGAACGAGAACGACGCCCUUCCGCCCAAGAAGGCUCAGAGCAACGGACCUGAGAAGCAGGAGAAAGAAGGUGUUAUCCAGAACUUCAAGAGAACUCUCUCCAAGAAAGAAAAGAAGGAGAAAAAGAAGAGAGAGAAAGAGGCAGUGAGGCAGGCGUCUGAGAAAGAUGACAGGCCUCUCCAAGGGGAUGACAUCGAGAAUUCCCGACUGGCCGCCGAGGUUUACAAAGACAUGCCCGAGACCAGCUUCACGCGCACCAUCUCCAACCCCGAGGUGGUCAUGAAGCGCCGGCGGCAGCAGAAGCUGGAGCGGCGCAUGCAGGAGUUCCGCAGCUCGGACGGGCGGCCCGACUCCGGUGGAACACUGAGAAUUUACGCAGAUAGUUUAAAACCAAACAUUCCCUACAAGACAAUCCUGCUGUCCACUACGGACCCUGCCGACUUCGCCGUGGCCGAAGCUCUGGAGAAGUACGGUCUGGAGAAGGAGAACCCCAGAGAUUACUGCAUCGCCCGGGUCAUGCUUCCACCGGGAGCCCAGCACUCGGAUGAAAAAGGGGCUAAAGAGAUCAUCCUUGAUGAUGACGAGUGUCCUUUACAGAUCUUCAGGGAGUGGCCAGGUGACAAAGGGGUUUUAGUCUUUCAGCUGAAGAGGAGGCCGCCGGACUACGCCCCGAAGAAGACGAAGCAGCACAGCGACGGGAAGCCGGCAAGGGGCAAGGAGAGGGCCGAGGGCUCCGGCUCGGCUCCUCCGCCCGAGAAGCUGCCCUACCUGGUGGAGCUGAGCCCAGUCCCAGGGCGAAGGAGCCACUUUGCGUUCUACGGCUAUCACGCUCACGAAGAUGGUUCUGACUCCAGGGAUAAGCCCAAGCUUUACCGCCUUCAGUUGAGCGUGACCGAGGUCGGCACAGAGAAGCUGGAGGAGAACUCCAUCCAGCUGUUCGGAUCAGGGAUUCAGCCCCAUCACUGUGACCUCACGAAUAUGGAUGGGGUUGUCACUGUCACGCCGAGAAGCAUGGACGCUGAGACCUAUGUGGAAGGACAGCGCAUCUCGGAGACCACCAUGCUGCAGAGCGGGAUGAAAGUGCAGUUUGGGGCGUCACACGUGUUCAAGUUUGUGGACCCCAGCCAGGACCACGCUCUGGCCAAGAGGCCCGUGGACGGAGGCUUGGCGGCCAAGGGCCCCCGACAGAAGCCUGGAAUUGUUCAGGAGACAACUUUCGAUUUAGGAGGAGAUGCUCACAGUGGGGCAGCGUUACCAACAAGCAAGAGCACCACCAGGCUGGACAGCGACAGGGCGCCGCCUGCCCCCAGCACGGCCGAGCGCGGGAUGGUGAAGCCGAUGAUCAGACUGGAGCAGGACUACCGCAGGCCGGACAGCAGAACUCAGGAGGCUCCUGGGCCUGAACUCACACUGCCUGCAAGCAUUGAAUUCAGGGAGAGCUCUGAAGAUUCAUUUUUAUCUGCCAUUAUAAAUUAUACUAAUAGCUCUACAGUCCAUUUUAAGUUGUCACCUACAUAUGUGUUAUAUAUGGCAUGUCGGUACGUGUUGUCAAGCCAGUACAGACCCGAUGUCAGUCCUGCCGAGCGCACUCACAAAGUGAUUGCCAUAGUCAACAAGAUGGUGAGCAUGAUGGAGGGGGUGAUCCAGGAAGUAGACCAGGUUGAUCAGAAACAGAAGAAUAUCGCGGGGGCACUUGCUUUCUGGAUGGCCAACGCGUCUGAGCUUCUCAACUUCAUUAAGCAGGACCGAGAUCUUAGUCGAAUCACGCUGGACGCCCAAGACGUGCUAGCACACUUGGUUCAGAUGGCGUUUAAAUACCUCGUUCAUUGUCUUCAGUCAGAGCUCAGUAAUUACAUGCCGGCUUUUCUGGACGACCCCGAAGAGAGCAGUCUACAGAGACCAAAAAUAGAUGACGUCCUGCACACGCUCACGGGGGCCAUGUCGCUGCUGCGCCGCUGCCGGGUCAACGCCGCGCUGACCAUCCAGCUCUUCUCACAGCUCUUCCACUUCAUCAACAUGUGGCUCUUCAACAGGCUGGUGACCGACCCCGAGUCGGGGCUGUGCUCCCACUACUGGGGGGCGAUCAUCCGCCAGCAGCUGGGACACGUGGAGGCCUGGGCGGAGAAGCAGGGCUUGGAGCUGGCAGCCGACUGUCACCUGAGCCGGAUCGUGCAGGCGACCACAUUGCUCACGAUGGACAAAUACGCUCCCGAGGACACCCCAAACAUAAACAGCACCUGCUUUAAGUUAAAUUCACUGCAGCUUCAGGCCUUGUUACAGAAUUACCACUGUGCGCCUGACGAGCCCUUUAUCCCCGCGGACCUGAUAGAAAACGUCGUGGCCGUGGCUGAGAACACGGCGGACGAGCUGGCGCGCAGCGACGGGCGGGAGGUGCAGCUGGAGGAGGACCCGGACCUGCAGCUGCCCUUCCUCCUGCCGGAGGACGGCUACUCCUGUGACGUCGUCCGGAACGUUCCCAACGGUCUGCAAGAGUUCCUGGACCCUCUGUGCCAGAGAGGGUUUUGCAGGUUAACUCCUCAUGCACGGUCACCAGGUACUUGGACGAUAUACUUUGAAGGAGCAGAUUAUGAGAGCCAUCUUCUGCGUGAAAACACGGAGCUGGCUCAGCCUCUGCGGAAGGAACCCGAAAUAAUCACUGUGACUCUCAAAAAGCAAAACGGAAUGGGCCUCAGCAUCGUUGCAGCAAAGGGAGCUGGUCAAGACAAACUUGGAAUCUACGUCAAGUCUGUUGUAAAAGGAGGCGCCGCAGACGUGGACGGACGCCUAGCCGCGGGCGACCAGCUCCUCAGUGUGGACGGACGGAGUCUGGUAGGACUCUCUCAGGAAAGGGCAGCAGAACUCAUGACAAGGACGAGCUCCGUGGUGACACUGGAAGUAGCCAAGCAAGGAGCCAUUUACCACGGCCUCGCCACCCUGCUCAACCAGCCGUCCCCGAUGAUGCAGAGAGUUUCAGACCGCCGCGGCUCCGGCAGAGCCCGGCCGAAGAGCGAAGGUUUCGAGCUCUAUAACAGCUCCGCCCAGAACGGCUCGCCCGAGAGCCCUCCGCUGCCUUGGGCAGAGUACAGCGAGCCGAAGAAGCUGCCCGGCGAGGACAGGCUGAUGAAGAACCGGGCUGACCACCGCUCGAGCCCCAACGUGGCAAAUCAGCCUCCUAGCCCAGGAGGGAGGAGCGCGUACGCCCCUGGAGCCGCCGCUAAGAUCACGUCCGUCUCCACCGGGAACCUCUGCACUGAGGAGCAGACGCCCCCCCCACGACCUGAGGCCUACCCCAUCCCCACCCAGACCUACGCCAGGGAGUACUUCACGUUCCCGGCCUCCAGAUCGCAGGACCGGAUGGCGCCCCCUCAGAACCAGUGGCCGAGUUACGAGGAGAAGCCGCACACGCACGCCGACGGGCUUCAGUCCGGUGCCUCGAUCCAGCGUGUCACCCGCUCCCAGGAAGAGCUUCGGGAGGACAGAGCUUACCAGCUGGAGCGGCAUCGGCUGGAGGCCGUGCUGGACCACAAGUCUGACAGUGACGUGUGGACCCAUCCGAGCCCCUCGGUGGGCUCCAGCGCGUCCAGCCAGGAGCACCUGGACCCCUGCUCCAAGGCGGGCACCCCCGCCUCCACGCUGACCAAGAGCGGCGCCGAGAAGGCCGGCCCGCCCCCGCGGCCCCAGGAGACGGUCAUCCGGGAGCUGCAGCCGCAGCAGCAGCCGCGCACCAUCGAGCGCCGAGACCUGCAGUACAUCACGGUGAGCAGGGAGGAGCUGCCCGCGGGGGACAGCCUGUCCCCCGACCCCUGGAAGCGGGACGCCAGGGAGAAGCUGGAGAAGCAGCAGCAGAUGCACAUCGUGGACAUGCUGAGCAGGGAGAUCCAGGAGCUGCAGAGCAAGCCCGAGCGCAGCGCCGAGGACGGCGACCGCCUGCGCAAGCUCAUGCUGGAGUGGCAGUUCCAGAAGAGACUGCAGGAGUCCAAGCAGAAGGACGAGGACGACGACGAGGAGGAGGACGACGACGUGGACACCAUGCUGAUCAUGCAGCGCCUCGAGGCCGAGCGGAGAGCAAGGCAGACUGCUCUACCAGCAAUCUCUGUUCUAGAUUUGUUACAGGACGAGGAGCGGCGGCGGCAGCGGCAGCUGGAGGACAUGCGCAGGCGGGAAGCGGAGGACCGCGCCAGGCAGGAGGAGGAGAGGACGAAGCGAGACGCCGAAGACAAGAGGCGACAGGAAGAAGGUUACUACAGCCGCCUGGAAGCCGAGAGGCGCCGACAGCACGCCGAGGGGCCGGGGCGCAGACCCCCGCUGCCGCGCGCCUACGAGCCCCCACCGCCACCCCCCCGCCGGCCGCGCCCGGCCUCAGACGGCCUCUUCCUCUCCGGCUCCCUGCGGCCCCCCUGGGCCGGAGCAGCCCAGCUCCCUCCUCCCCCUCCAGAGCCACCAGGCUCCCACCACCCCCGCCACUCGAAAGGACCAAACUCUUCCGUGGGACCCGCUGGGGCAGCGAUGGGAGCCCGAGACGGCUGCCGGGACCCGCGAGAGCGGCUGGCACAAAGCCACGAUGCAGAUUUACCUGGAAAUUCCGGAGCCCCUGAGAACUUGACCUUCAAAGAGCGCCAGCGGCUGUUCUCACAAGGUCAAGAUGUGUCCAAUAAAGUGAAGGCCUCUCGUAAAUUAACAGAGUUGGAAAACGAACUGAACACGAAGUGAGGCCAGGAAACGGCGCCCGCACUCCGCCCGGCGUCCUGCCCGCGAGGCUUCGGAGGAGGGGCUUGGGGCAGAGGCGGCGGCUGCGGCUUUUCUGAGUCCCAGAAGGGCUGUCUGGAAGAUGGGUGGGAUUUGCAGAUCGUCCUGGUCCAAGAAGCUUUUUUGUUUUACCAAGAGAUUACCAUUUAUACAAUGUAAACACUGUCUGAUUUCUUAAUUAUCUGACUCACCUGAAGAUA